CCCCGAUGCCUCCCCCUCUCCUCCCCUCUCGGCAGGAUUGACUGGAGAGCGUGUCUCUCCAGUUGAUGUCUUCCACAUCUCCCGUCGCCACUGACGAAACCUGAACAUGAAUCUGACAUGUCUAUUUUUGACACUGGCGAUUCUGGUGGCGAUCGAAAGCUGCAGCUCCUCUUCAUUCAUUCAGCCGUUUGACGACUGCGUCCAGAGCCGCGGGAGAGACGGCUUUUACCGGGGAGCGAUCGACGUCACAGAGUCGGGCGCUCUCUGCACCAACUGGACCGAGACUGCCGGCUUCGUGGAGCGCUACCCGGGUAAAGGAAUUGGAGAGCACAACCGCUGUCGCAACCCGGACGGCAGAAUACGCCCCUGGUGCUUUUUCAGAAACCAUAAAGGCAGAGUGGACUGGGGCUACUGCGACUGUAAACAAGGUUCAGUGCGUCUGCAAGGCGGUCGCUCCAAGCUGGAUGGCAGGUUGGAGAUCUACCUGGGCGGAGAAUGGGGCUCUGUUUGUGCCGACAACUGGCAGGACGAAGACGCUGCUGUGGUCUGCAGGCAGCUGGGGAGAGGCUUCUCAGGUCGCGCUCGUGCUGUGCCUCUCUUCCGUCCUGGCCAAGCUAAGCUCCACUGGAGUGCCGUCCAUUGCGAGGGACAUGAGCCAGAUCUGCUCCACUGUAGCAAGACACCGUGGAAUGGAGGCGACUGCACCCGUGCUGCAGCAGUUACGUGCACAGAGGAAAAAGCGGCAGUAAAAGUCCCCAUACGCCUUACUGGAGGUCGGAGCGGAUCAGAGGGCACAGUGGAAGUCUUUCACGCGGGCCAGUGGGGCUCCAUCUGUGACGACCAGUGGGAUGACAGCGACGCUGAGGUUGUGUGUCGACAGCUGGGGCUGAGUGGGGUUGCACGGGCGUGGGGCCAAGCACGUUUUGGAAAAAGCUCAGGUCGUGUGUGGCUGGAUGAGGUGGCAUGCACAGGCAAUGAGCUGACUCUUGAUCAGUGCUCCAAAAGUGCCUGGGGAGGCCACAACUGUCAGCACUCGGAAGAUGCUGGCGUUUCCUGCAACCCCCUCACAGAUGGCACAGUCAGGUUAUCGGGGGGCGCGGGAAGCCACGAGGGGCGCUUGGAGGUGUUCUACAAAGGACAAUGGGGCACGGUGUGCGACGAUGGCUGGACAGAUUCCAACACCCAAGUGGUGUGCCGGCAACUCGGCUACAGAUCAGGAGAGACUCUUAUAUCCGAAGGUCUGGACAUCACCCCGGUGCCGCCGUUCGGGAAGGGGUCCGGUCCCAUUAUUUUGGACGAUGUCAGCUGCACAGGGAAAGAGCCGAGCCUGCUGCUGUGCAACAAAGGGCAGUGGCUCCGUCACGACUGCACACAUUACGAAGAUGUGAGCAUCAAAUGCAGACCAGACCCCAACAGAGACACGCAUCCACCCAGUGUUCCAGUGAGGCUGGUGGGGGGAGAGAGCCCCAGGGAGGGUCGGGUGGAGAUAUACCUGUCUGGCCAGUGGGGGACGGUGUGCGACGACGGCUGGACCGAUCACGACGCUGAAGUAGUCUGUCGACAGAUGGGGUUUAGCGGGGUGGCGAAGGCCCGGGUCAUGGCCUAUUUCGGGGAAGGAACGGGACUGAUCCACGUGGACAAUGUCAAGUGCAGUGGAGAGGAGCGAUCCUUAGCUGACUGCAUCAAACAGUCCCCCGGCACACACAACUGCCGCCACAGCGAGGACGCCGGCGUCAUCUGUGACUACAGAGAAUCACACUCCAGCCCCAAAGAGGUCAAAGUGGAGUCGGCCAACUCUGUUUGUGGUCUGCGCCUCAUUCACACGCGGCAGCGACGGAUCAUCGGAGGGGAAAACUCUUUGAGAGGCGGGUGGCCGUGGCAGGCUGCGAUCCGACUGCGAGGAACUCGCGGUGACGGGAGGCUGGUGUGUGGAGCCACUCUCAUCGAUAGCUGCUGGGUUCUCACCUCAGCGCACUGUUUCAAGAGGUACGGAAACAGCACCAAGCAGUACAAAGUGAGAGUGGGCGACUACCACUCUCUGGUCCCGGAGGAGCACGAGGAGGAGUAUGGUGUGGACGAGAUCAAGCUUCAUCCGAGUUACCGGCCGGACCGGAACGAUUAUGACCUGGCCUUGGUCCGACUGUCGCCGGGGGCGCUUGGACCGGCGUCUGGCAGAUGCGUGUCAUUCAGCCGUCAUGUCCUCCCGGCGUGUUUGCCUCUGAGGAAGGAGCGGGUGCUGAAACAGGCGAGCAACUGUCACAUCACCGGCUGGGGAGACACAGGGCGGUCCUACUCCAAGACCCUUCAGCAGGCGCCCAUCGCCCUCCUUCCUCGCCGCCAUUGCCAGCAGCAUUUCCACGGCGCCUUCACCAGCCGGAUGCUCUGCGCCGGAAGCACCGAGGAAGACCGGCGUGUGGACAGUUGUCGCGGCGACAGCGGCGGCCCGCUGGUGUGCGAGCGUCCCGGUGGAGGCUGGGUGGUUUACGGUAUCACGUCCUGGGGCCACGCCUGCAGAACUCAACAGUCUCCUGGCGUCUACACCAAAGUCUCAGCCUUCAGGGCGUGGAUUAGAAAAGUGACUGGAAAUGAUGAGAGAACAGGAACUCGCUCGUGAAACUAAGAAGCACAUGAACUUCCAGUAACUUGAAAAGCCAACCCUCUUCAUUUUCAUGACCUGUUGUUAUUAGCACUUGUUUUAUCAGUAUUACGGGCCACGGGAGCUUUGUUGUAUCUGUAAGAAGACUGUUUACAUUUGUUGUAUUUUAUGAUGCAGUUUAUUUUUUACUUUUUCUUGUUAUUUAUUACAGAAUUCAGUGUUUUAAAACUGUUAAAGGGGACCAAAGUUUCACUCAUGACUCAAGAAAGCACAUGUUAAAACACAAUUGCAUGUUCAUCAUGUGAGAUUUGCACUUUUAAUACACGAUCAUCAGCAAACUGGGUCCUAAUGUGCCAGUGUGACUGUUGUUUUUCUCACCAUGCUCUUUGACACAGGUUCAGUCUCAGUACUUUGGCAUUAGAUUUAAGUACAUGAAUGGAUAUGAGUGAAGGCACCAACUUGUUGGAAUGUUGUCCUCACUAAAAUGCAUGUUUCCUUAAGGGAAUUUAUUGACUUUUUUCUGUUUUUAAUGUCUGCAGAUUACAGAUUAAAGAAGAUUAAAUCGCAAAACUGUUGCUCCUAGCAGGUACUGGACUUAAGAUGGGCUUCUUUUCUAUAGCUGCUGCCCCCGUGACUUGGCCUCAGAUGAGUGGAUGAAAAUAGAUGCAUGCAUUAUAGGCAUAAAAACACUAAUAAUGAAUGAUAUAAAUUGCUUGGUUGCCUUUUAGUGAAAACUAUUUGAGGCUAUUACAGUCUUUGUGGGCAAAUAGCAUCAUCUUGUGCUUUAC